AUGACGAUAUCGACCGCAGUCCGCAUAGCGCCCUCCCGCGCUGCACGCGCAGUGAAUCUCCUCCGAACUGUCCAAUUCACACACCCAUCCUCAUGUCCAUGUCACGCCAAUCCCAACUACCACAAUCAAACGCCAUCAACCAUACACCAAGCACGCCGACACCUCGCGACCCCGGUCAACUUCUCGCAGCAGAAAGAAUAUGCAUUCGAAAUGGCAGCUUCGAGUAUCCGAUUUGGACCUGGGUGUACAAAGGAAGUAGGCAUGGACUUCAAGAACAUGGGGUCGAAGCGUGUUAUGGUUGUCACAGAUCAGAAUGUAAGGAAACUGGACGCUAUGAAGCAGGUUGUUGAGGGGCUCUCAAGAGAGGGUGUAACUUUCGAGAUAUACGACAAAGUCAGGACGGAGCCAAAGGAUAGUAGCAUCAAGGACGCGAUCGAUUUCGCAAAGCCUUGGAAGCCAGAUGCGUUCCUGGCGGUGGGCGGUGGUAGUGUGAUCGAUACUGCGAAGUUGAUGAAUCUGUAUACCACGUUUCCCGAGGCUGACUUCCUCGACUUCGUCAACGCACCGCUCGGCAAGGGUCUACCAAUCCCUGGAAAGCUCUUCCCGCUUGUCGCAGUACCCACAACAGCAGGAACAGGUUCCGAGACCACGGGUACCGCCAUUUUCGACUUGGUCUCGAAACGUGCGAAAACCGGCAUUGCGCACCGAAACCUGAAGCCCACUCUCGGCAUAGUCGAUCCCCUCAACACUCGUACUAUGCCCAGCGCAGUGCACGCCUCCUCGGGUCUCGAUGUGCUCUGCCACUCCCUCGAAUCGUGGACGGCCAUUCCUUACUACGAGCGCACGCCGCGCCCCACAAAUCCUCUCUUGCGCCCGGCCUACCAAGGCGCAAAUCCCAUCUCCGACAUCUUCUCUCUUCAAGCCCUUCGCGACACCGUCAAGUACCUGCCCCGUGCAGUGAAGGACCCCGAAGACCACGAGGCGCAGAGUCAAAUGCUGCUCGCUUCGACACUGGCAGGUGUAGGUUUUGGCAAUGCAGGUGUGCACUUGUGCCAUGGCAUGUCGUACCCCAUCUCAGGUCAGAACCCAGGGUACAAGCACGCCGGGUAUGAGGUCGACCACACUAUCAUCCCUCACGGCGUCUCGGUCGCUGUUACCGCACCUGCAGUUUUCAAGUUCACGGGCGCGUCGAACCCAGAGAGGCAUUUGGCUGCAGCUGAGGCGUUUGGAGUCGAUAUUUCGAACGUGAAGAGAGAAAGUGCAGGUGAGGUGCUCGGUGAGGCGCUGGCGGAAUUCCUGGUCAAACUGGGUGACCAGCCGCGCGGUUUGAAGGCGCUAGGAUUUGGGAAGGAGCAUGUCGAUGGGCUGGUGGAAGGCACUAUCCCGCAGCAAAGAGUGUUGAUGCUUGCACCGCAUCUCGAGACUGAGUUGGAUCAGCAGAGAGAGCAGUUGAGGGGCCUGUUCGAAGAGGCGUUGGAGUACUGA